ACGGUCUUUGUGAUAUUUGUUUAAUAUGUAUAUGAUAACUAAAGUUGUCUUUGUGGUCGGUAGUAGUCAAGUCAGCAGAAAUGAAUGCACCUGGCAGAGCCGGACCCACAUCCACUAGAGAGAGACAGAGAGAGGCAGAGAGAGAGAGAGAGAGACAGAGAGAGAAAUGGCGCCUCGAUGCUGCGCUCACUGAGGCAGUCUUUUGCAGCCGGCUAGGGACAUUCAGUAAAGGGUAAGACAAAAGGAAAACAUGGUGAACACAAAGAAAAGCUCACGGCCACGGACUGGUCCCUUCAUCUCCUCCAGGACUAGGUCGUCGUCGAGAAACGAGCGCAACUCUGAUGAUCAUAAGGAGCCCAGCAGUGAUGUGAGCAGUCCCAGCAGCCCGCGGUCGGCUCCCCCUUCCAAGCGGACGCGGCGGCAGGCUGCCUCCGAGCCCAGUUCCAGUGAUACCUCCCCGUCCCCUCAGACGAAGGGCCAGAGGGUCAGCUGGGACAUUCCCACCUACCGCACCAGGUUGUCCUCUCGCAUAAUGCAAAAUGGGCACGCCCAUAUGGGUCACCGGAAUGAUCAGAGUGGAGGGGGAGAUCACUCUCAUAUGAAUGGCCAUGUGGAGCUGAAGAGGAGCUGCCAGAAAAAGAAGAGCCAAUUUGAACACCUCAAUCAGAGCCUGCUGUUUGACCAGCUGGUCAACAGCACUGCUGAGGCUGUGCUUCAGGAGAUGGACAACAUCAGCAGCAUCAGGCAGAACCGCGAGGUGGAGCGCCUUCGCAUGUGGACCGGAGACACUGAGGAGGAAAACAUGGACAUGUAUUCCCGGGUGAAGCGCAGGAAAUCUAUGCGCAGGAGCACUUUCAGCAUGCCCACACACCACAAAGUCAUGAGCAAAAACGAGCAGGAGGAUGAAGAGGAGGAAGGGACGGAAGAUUCUCAAGGUGAGGAAGAAGAGGAGGAUGCAGAGGAUGAAGAUGAUGAAGGGGAUGAAGCAGAAGAGGCAGGAGAGGAAAAUGACAGACCGUACAACCUGAGGCAGCGAAAGACAGUGCAGAGAUAUGAGGCACCACCUAUUGAGCCAGUGAACAGAAAACAGAGCAACCCCACACUUUUUGACACCCACAGAUCCCCAGCAAGAAGAAGCCAUAUCAGAGUGAAGAAACAUGCCAUUCACAGCAGUGACACCACCUCGUCUUCUGAUGAAGAGCGGUUUGAGCGGAGGAAAAGCAAGAGUAUGACACGGGCCAGGAACAGAUGUUUGCCCAUGAACCUGACUGCAGAAGACCUGUCUAGUGGGGUGUUGCGUGAUCGUGCGAAAGUGGGUGCCAGUUUGGCUGAUGUGGAUCCCAUGAACCUUGAUAACUCUGUGAAAUUUGACAAUGUGGGUGGCCUCAGUAAUCACAUCAAGUCGCUAAAGGAGAUGGUAGUGUUCCCACUGCUUUAUCCUGAGAUCUUUGAGAGGUUUAAGAUCCAGCCUCCUAGAGGGUGUUUGUUCUACGGCCCUCCGGGGACAGGAAAGACCCUGGUCGCACGGGCGCUCGCCAAUGAGUGUAGCCAGGGAGACAGGAAGGUUUCCUUCUUCAUGAGGAAAGGAGCCGACUGCCUCAGCAAGUGGGUCGGUGAAUCAGAACGCCAGCUACGCCUGCUCUUUGAUCAGGCUUACCUGAUGAGGCCAUCCAUCAUUUUCUUUGAUGAGAUUGAUGGUUUGGCUCCUGUUCGCUCCAGCAGGCAAGACCAGAUACACAGUUCUAUUGUGUCCACUAUGCUGGCUUUGAUGGACGGCUUGGACAGUCGUGGGGAGAUAGUGGUCAUCGGUGCUACAAACAGACUUGACUCUAUCGACCCGGCACUCAGGAGGCCUGGACGCUUUGACCGGGAGUUUCUGUUCAACCUGCCCGACAAGAAGGCCAGAAAGCACAUCUUGGAGAUUCACACACGGGACUGGAAUCCCAAAUUGGCUGAGCCAUUCGUAGAUGAACUUGCAGAAAAAUGUGUCGGCUACUGCGGUGCUGACAUCAAAGCGCUUUGCACAGAGGCAGCAUUGGCGGCAUUGCGCCGCCGCUACCCCCAGAUCUAUGGCAGCAGCGUCAAACUGAGGCUGGAUGUCACCUCCAUCGUCCUGGGUCCCUGCGACUUCAGCAAGGCCAUGAGGACAAUCGUCCCAGCAUCCCAGAGGGCCCUGGCUCCCCCUGGCCGAGCCCUGUCCCCCACCCUCAGGCCCCUGCUGGCCAGCUCUUUCUCCUUGGUGCUGAAAGAUCUGCUUCGAGUCUUCCCCCAUGCUCAGUGUACUGACAGGGACAACACACACGGCGGUGACAAUCAACUGCUUGAAGAGGACUUGUACAGCGACGAUGACAAUGAGGAACACUCUGCUUCCAUCUAUGAAGUCCUGCCUGCUGCAUCCCCAAAGAGUCGGCUCUCCUCUUCUGCAACGCACAGACCCUUCCUCCAUUUCUCCUCCUCUGCCCUCAAACAACCCACAUCAUACCGGCCUCGUCUGAUGCUGGCCGGGCCCCCGGGCUCAGGACAGAGCUCACACUUGGCCCCUGCCUUGCUGCACCACCUGGACAAGCUGCCAGUGCACCGCCUGGAUUUGCCCACUCUCUACUCCAUCAGCGCUAAGACGCCAGAGGAGUCCUGUGCUCAGGUUUUCCGCGAGGCCCGUCGGAGCGUGCCCAGUGUGGUGUUCAUGCCGCAUAUCUCUGAGUGGUGGGAGACAGUGAGUGACACUGUGAAGAGCACCUUCCUCACCCUGCUGCAGGAUGUGCCCUCGUUCAGCCCGGUGCUUAUCCUCGCCACCGCUGAGACUCACUACUCACAGCUGUCAGACGAGGUGAGAAGUAUGUUCCAGAGGACCUACGGGGAGGUUGUGACGCUGUGUCCUCCAGGAGAAGAGGACAGGAGGAGCUUCUUCUCUGACCUGCUCUUGGUCCAAGCGGCCAGGGCUCCUCCACGCCUCAGGAGUACAGAGAGGUGUGAAGAGGCACUGCCGGUGGCAGAGGCUCCAGGCCCCAGAGUCCUGUCAACAGAGGAACAGCACCGCUUGGCUGAGCAGGAGGAUAACACACUACGGGAGCUCAGGCUCUUUCUCAGGGACGUGACCAAGCGCCUGGCCACCGACAAACGUUUCAACAUCUUCAGCAAGCCAGUUGACAUUGAUGAGGUGUCAGACUACCUGGAGGUCAUACGGCAGCCUAUGGACCUGUCCACUGCCAUUACCAAGAUCGACAACCACCAGUAUCUGACUGUGAAGGACUUCCUGUUGGACAUCGACCUCAUCUGCAGCAAUGCUUUAGAAUACAAUCCUGACAAGGAUCCUGGAGACAAGGUGAUCCGGCACCGAGCGUGCAGUUUAAAGGACACAGCCCAUGCUAUAUUUGCCUCCGAGUUGGACCCCGAGUUCGACCGUAUGUGUGAGGAGAUCAAGGAGGCACGCAGGAAGAGGGACCUCCAGACGCCAGCUCAGCCGGCGGUGCCGACGGGCGCUGUGGCAACGAGAAAGCAGCACGCCGCAGGAGAGGAGCAGGCGAAGAGCAGCACUCAGGGCGAGGCCACUGACAAGCAGUGCACCACUAAUCAUGUAAAGCGGAAGAUUCGCCGGCGGCCUUCUUGGGGGCGGGGCAUCAUCCGUAAGAAGAGGAUCUACAGGAAGGAAACAGAAGAGGAGGAGGGGGAGCCCGAGGCAGAGGCGGAAGUCGCCGGGCCCAGUGACUCGUGUCUGACGCAGGAUGAGGAAUCGUCGUGUGAUACCAUGGGUCCCCAGCCCAACGGCCACCAUGCCCAUCUCCCCUCCACAGAAGAGGAGAGCUCCAACGAGCCCCCUGUCGCAGCUCCUGCUGAACCUCCGGAUGCCAGUGAAGCCCAAGGAGAGCCAACACCUAAGGAAGAAGAGCCCACAGCCAAAGAGGCAGAUCCUGAGAACACAGAGAAACACACUGAGCUGCAUUGCCUUGGUGGCAGUUCUCAGCCCAAGGCACACAGGGAUAGCCAGGCCAAGCAGGCUGACUUCCAGCCUUUGAUUAAAUUGUCAGAGUCUUCAAAUGCUGAGGUCCAGCCUAAGCACACAGAGGGUCUCCUGGUUUCACAAGCGGACUGUGUGAAUGGGAACGAGUCAAUGGACAGCCUUGACUCGCAGAGCCUCAAGAGGAGCAGUGAGGCUGAGAAAAGGACUCCUCAGAGCACGGCGGAGGGCUCUAACGAACCAGAACAGGAAGAGCACAAAGACAAAAAUGAGAGCCAUCCAACUCAGGAGCACCCUCACCGGGAUGGGAGUGCAGUAACGGAAAACGUUGAGGAAGAUCAAGAUACAGAAGGCGGUUCCAUAGCCAAGACAUGCAAGAUGAGCCCGUCAGAGCAGCUGAAGGGAUCUGCUGAAAAGAGAGAGGAAGAGCCACAACCAGUCCCUCCCCAUCCUCCCGUAGUGGUUGACCACCAGCGACUUUUGGCUCUACUGGAUCUGGUGGUGAAGAAGAGUGAGGGCUACAGCGUGGAGCAGCUGGAGAGACUGUACUCCCUUCUCAGCCAGUGUAUCUACCAGCACCGCAGAGAGUACGAAAAGACCCAGCUACUGGAGGAGAUGGAGGAGAGAAUCCAGCAUUUUGAUACAUUCCUGUGAGAUGGAGAGAAGACCUUAUCAGGUAGAUCCUGAUAAACAGCCCGGGACCACAAAGACACACACAAACUGAGUGAGAGAAGGAGCUUCAGCCCCUCGACACAAAAAAAAAAACACACGCAAAAUCCAGCGCCCUCUUCGUGCUGGGGAGGAGGGGACACAACGACGAGGACGACGUUGAGGACAGAGACAUUCAAUGGUGCUAUCGUCUCAGGAACCUGGCCAGAUCCAGACCCAUUCUACACAACCAAACUCCUGGAGGUGUGUCGGUCACGCACGCACACUCACGCACACAACACCGGUGACGGGCGCAACCCUGGUGCUAACUCGGGUGCUAUCCUAACUUUCAUCCAUGCUGCUCUUUGGGAUUACUUCUUAACUCGGAUGACUAGCAAAAACCAACAGAUCGGGUGAUGUCAUAUCGCAAACCUGGCCGCUUCUCCGCGGAGCAUACACUUGGGUAUGCAUGUAUUUCUACAAACACACACACACAGACCAGAAAUGCACACACCCUCACCCCAGAUCCUCACCAGCAGAAGUGUGAAUGCAGAGUGCCGCUAGGAGAUGAGGACAGUAUAAUGUUCUGAAUCACUGAACCACAUUGCUGAGCCCAUCUUUUUUUCCCCCUGAGUGGAAUGCUUCGUCAUAGGCCAGUCGUUACCACGCUGUUAUGCGGCUCAUUCUUUUCUGCCAUUUUCAGCUACUUGAUUAAUUCAAUAUCUGAGCCACCGUCGAGGACACUCACCCAGAACAAUAGUUUACAAAGAAGUUUCAGCGCGAACACAGAUUUUCGAUGAGGUUAGCACAGCAGGACUGGAAGCGAUUAUGUCCUCGUCAUUACAGCGGUCGUCGGGGCGCGGAGAGCCCGUUAGCCCCCUCAGCGUUCAGUUGAACAAGCGGAGCGUCGCCUGUAGGUCAGCCGUACAACCACUUUCACUCACAGGACCACCUCUGGCGUUCACAGUCUUAGCAGAUUGUCAUUGUCCUAAAUAAAUUGUGGUAGCGUAAACCACCCCCUCCUCACUACAUUCACAGUCUGAAUGUUUCCCCUCCCGCUCAAGCUGUGCCCGAUUUUUUUUUUUCCUACCGACACCCCGGCUGAGGAUCUGGAAGCAGUACAAAUUGGAACACGUCUAAGAGUUUGCACUGCCUAGUGUGUGCCUUAUUUAAAAACCUCAUAUGACACUGAUAUAUUUAGCAGGAUUUUUUUAUUUACUAAUUGUGACAAUGAGCUCCAAGUUGGGGUGGGUCCUAACCACUGAGGUCACAGUGACCUUGAAGCAAAAAAUAUAUAUAUAUAUUUCAAUGCCAUUAGGUCGUUUAAAAACAUAUCUAGGUUAUACAUCUCUGAACUGGGCCAAAACUCAUUUGAAAAUCUGAUUACAAAAGUAGUACUUCUAUGGCUGUGUCAGUGUCUGGCCAGAUGCAUCCGAAGAUGCACUUGAUAUUUUUAUUUAAAUGUAUUCCUGUUAAAAACCCAGACCUGUUCGGGAGGUCGGUCUCCAUCUGAGCGGACAGCAGGCGCAAGAAGAGGUAGACGACACCAGCUUUUCUUCAGUUUUCCAUAUGCAAAAUUAUGAAGCGAGAGUCAAAAACGAUUUACCAUGCCAAGUGUUAUCCCACUCCCGAAAAAAAGGUGCUGACUUAACGGUGCCUGUUCACAGGAAUUCAACUAUGAAAAUGUUCUAUUAGAUGGUCAAUCUUCGUGUUAUGUUGUGUAUUUGAUAAUUAUUUCUUACAUUUUUUUUUUUUUUUUUUAUAAAAUGCUUUGCUUGACUUGAGAUUUUUUGCAUGGGUUGUGAAUCCCUAAUGAACAAGGCCAUUCUAGGCAGUGCCCGUCACUACGGUGUUUUAAAGCAUUACAUGAUGAUUAUUUUUUUUUUUCCUCCUUUCAAAUGUGUGUACCGACUCUGUGGAUUUAUUUCAUCUGUUUUUUUCUCGACACCAGACAAGAGAAGCUGGAUUCUGUGGAUUGGCACAGUAAAUGUGUUCUGACUGCAGUAAAUGAAGGUAUUUACUGAAGCUUUAUAAAGUUGGUUUGUGGAGAUGCCAUAUUUUUGAGCAGGUGUAGACUGGAGAAGACCCCCCCCUUCUUUCACCCUUCCAAACCUCUUGGUGCAACUCUGACCCCAGCUCACCUCUGCCUUUUCUCAGAUUCUAGGUGACAAAAGCUAAGACCAUAUGCAAACUGGCAACGACAGGUUAGCACUUGGACUACUGCAGACAGAAAAACCAACGCUACCUCAGCUUAAUUUAUUUUAAUGCGAAAAACCGUUUACUGGGUACAAAAACAGUAUUCCCCCCCCACUCUCCCCUCCGAAAUACUGUUGCAACAUCUCCAGUACCAUCAUAGGUACCAGAUCAGUGAAACCACGGCUGCUGCAGUAAUCCAAGAGUUGUUUAUAUCUCUCCGAUUGUUAUGUAUGUUUGCAUUUGAGCCAGAUGAUGAUAAAUUUAAAGCAUAUUUCAUGGACUGUAUAUGUUAUGUUUCAGGUUCUCUUAAUUUUUUUUUUUAGAUCUGUUCCUCGAUUAUAUUAUCACCCAACUUAAAAACAUUUUCUGCCUCUUUACACAACCAUCGCCUUUAUUUCAAAUUCAGCUUCUUUUUUUUCUCGCAGAUUUUCAUCUCAUGAUUCUGAUUAUUUAUUAUUAAACACGUUUUACACCUAAUAUUCAGUCAAUUGUCUUUUUGUACGUGUGAAAUUUAACCAAUCGGGAAGCGUCGCGCGUCCGUUUAAACAAUUUUUUUGCUGAAAUGCGUAGCGUUUGUGUAGCAGGUUUAUUUGGCGUGUGCGGGGGAAUAAAAGGGUUUACAGGUCUCUCAGGUUCAAACACGCGACAACAUGCCCUUUCGACUUUUCUAUUUAUUUCAUUGUUCUGGUGUUUUCUUCGUUCAAAGUGGUUACAGACUGUGUGGCAUACUGGAAGAGACUAACAUUAGGAUCGAUAUUUAAAACGUAGUGUCUGUCUAGUUCAUCCCAGGAAGAGAAACAGGACCAGAUUCUUUGAAUGUUCACUUUGUCUCCACUUUCUGCCAAAAGAGUUAUUUUUUAAUGAAUUUAGAAAACUCAUAUGGAAAUAAAAUGGGUAGUUAAAUGUCAUACAUUGUGAUCUUCCUUUCUUAUUAUAAAUUGUAGCCAGUUUGGACUAACAACCAAUUUUUGUCUGGUAGUUGAGACUACUUAGUCCAGUAUGCAGAAGGAAAGGGUUUGUUCUAUCCUGAAUUACUUUGUUCUUCCCUACUUUUUCACACUUAAUUUUAGUCGAGACUUUCCAUAGCUUUGUCAGUUCUGUUCGUUUGUGUAUUUAACACACCUGUUCGCAAUUGUUACUUUAGUGUAAGUUAUAUUUGAAAUGGAACAUUUACUGUAUUUCUCAAAUAAACUGCUGUGAUAUACUUGAAUAAAAGGUGCAAACUGUA